UAUCUACACUACUCUACACGUGUUGUCACAAUGUCUUCUGGUGGUAGAAAACUCGUCACUACUGUGAACAGACUCUUAGCAGGAUCCAACACCAGGAUAGCAACAAGCCGGCCUGCAACACAAUACCGUACUAAUGGAUACGAGUAUAUGGAGAGGUGUGGUUUUAUACGCCAGUCCUUCAGUGGUGGCUACUACCUGUUACCAAUGGGAGCUAGAGUAUUACACAAACUGGUUAGUGUUAUUGACCAGGAGAUGAGAUCAGUGGGAGCUUGUAAGAUGUCUGCGCCAAUCCUAGCACCUGCAUAUAUUUGGAAACAAUCUGGACGAUGGGAGAGUAUUGGUGCUGAACUGUAUAGACUGGAGGACAGGCACGAGGCACAGUUUUGCCUUGGACCAACGCAUGAAGAGAUGUUUACUCAUUUGGUGGCUACUGAAAAUAUAAGCUAUAGGUCACUGCCGCUCCGACUGUAUCAGAUUGAUAGGAAGUUUCGUGAUGAGAUGUCUCCUCAGUCUGGUCUAAUGAGAGCUAAGGAGUUCUGGAUGAAAGAUAUGUACACUUUUGAUGUUAGUGAGUCUGCUGCGAUAGAGACUUACAAUGAAGUAUGUGGAGCUUAUGAGUCAGUCUUUCAUAGACUAUUACUACCAGUUACUAAAGAUUAUUAUUAUUAUUGUCAUAUUGUUUACACAGUAAAAGCUAAUCAAGGUACUAUCGGUGGGUCCCAGUCACACGAGUAUCACGUGAUAUCUGAGACUGCUGGAAUGGACACUCUUUAUACCUGUGACAAAUGUGGUCAUGCUGUUAAUUAUGAGGUGACAGGAGACAGUGCUACUGGUAUUCUUCCUGAUUGUCCACUGAAUGAAGAAAAGUGUCCAGUUUCACAAUACAAAGGAGUUGAGGUGGCACAUGCAUUCUUCCUUGGUACUACUUAUUCAGAAAAAUUUGAAGCACUUUAUGACAAACAAAAGUUAUGUGAAAUGGGUUGUUAUGGUAUUGGUGUGUCAAGACUAUUGCAAACAAUAAUAGAACACAGUCUAGCUGUAAACAAUGGGAGAAUGAUAUGGCCAGUAUCCAUUGCACCUAUGAAUGUGUGUAUCACUCCUUUGGGCAAUAAAAAAGAUAUACAGUUGAUAUCUAAAGCAAUGGAUUUAUAUGAUAAGCUUGAUUCAAGGUAUCCUGGUGAGGUAGUCCUUGAUGAUAGAUCCCAGUUGAGUAUUGGAGAGAGAGUCAGACAUAUUGAGCUAUUGGGGUAUCCCAUAGCUGUAGUCAUUGGAUUAAAGUUACAAGAGAAUCAUUUUGAAUUACAUCUACAAUCUGAGAAGGAUAAGAUUAUUAAAGUGGUACAAGUGGAUGAGCUAAUAGAGACCAUUGACAAUAUUUUAAAAUAUUAUUGAUAAUUUAAUCCUAUCAAUCAUCACUUUUUAUUAUUUGCUGUUGCACUGUACCUUCGUGUAGAGACAUAAAUUCUUUUUCCAUUAGUAGACCUUAAAA